UUUAAAGUCCGAAGGACUGAAAGUAAGACUUGGGACGCCGUGAUUCACGAGAAUGUAAGAUAUUGGCUUGACGUCUUUGGUUUCAAAGGCGUGAUCGAUUGUGGGAAGCCAAUGAAGGUCGACAAUGAGCUGAUCACGGCGUUGAUUGAGCGUUGGAGGCCGGAGACACACACAUUCCAUCUACCGAUCGGUGAGACGACGAUCACCUUGGAAGAUGUGCAAGCCAUCUGGGGCUUGAGGGCGGAUGGCGUCGUUUUCACGGGUCGUGACUAUCAUGACAACUUUCCAGAUUGGACCAGCAAGUGCCGCGAUCUGUUGGGAUGGAUACCAGAUUCUUCCACAGAGACAAAGCAAGGCGGUUUGCUGAUGACCGCGCUGAUCAACCAGACAAGGAUGCCUCUGGGUGAUGACCUGCCUACUUACGUAUACAUCCAAAGAGCACGUAUCCAUGCCCUAAUUUUAUUAGGAGGUCUCAUUCUACCGGAUACCACGGGGUGUAAGGUGCCAUUUAUGUGGUUGAAUGGGCUUGGGGAUCCGGAAGAGGUGAAGAAUAUAAGUUGGGGAAGCGCGGCAUUGGCCUACCUUUAUCAUUAUCUAUGCGAGGCUUCCAUGGAUAAGAGAAAAGAGUUGGGCGGCCCUAUGAUCCUCCUGCAGCUAUGGGCGUGGGAAAGAAUGCCCACAUUGAGGCCUGCGUUCAUAGGACCAAAGGUGCACGAGCCAUAUACACCAUGUGGCGCCAGGUGGAGAGGAACAACGCAGAUAGGAAAUGCUCCAAGACACUCGGUUGAGCAUUACCGUGACCAAAGUCUUCAAUUCAUUCCAAAGUCUUCAAUCCAUUCCAAAGUCUUCAAUUUCUAA